CCACCGCGCAGCCUGAUUGGCUGACGGGCGCCAUGAGGCAGGACCACCAGGCUGCUGUCCCCCCGCUGCCGCGCUGCGCAUGCGCACUGGGGGGGUGUUACGGUGGGGGCCAUGGCGACGGUGGUGGAGCUGAAACAAGCCCUAAAGGAGGCGCUGGAAAAAAGAGGUGUCCUCGGGCAAAUAAGAGCAAACAUCAGAGCUGAAGUUUUUCACGCGCUGGAUGACCAAAGCGAGCCCCGGCCGCCGCUGUCCCGUGAAAAUCUCCUCAUCAACGAGCUGGUCCGGGAGUACCUGGAGUACAACAAGUACAAGUACACGGCGUCGGUGCUCACCGCAGAAGCUGGCCAGCCUGAAAUGCCCUUGGACAGACAGUUUCUUGUCAAAGAGCUGAACAUCGUUGAAGAUGCAAAUGCAAAAUCAGUACCUCUCUUGUAUGGAAUUAUAUCUCAUUUCUUAUGUGGUGGUAAAGAAGAAAGUACCCAGAGUAUCCUGAAAGGGUCUUUACUGAGUUAUCCAAGGCAGAUCCUCGGCAAACCACCUACUGAGCAAAAUCAAAAAGAUAGAAUUCCAGAACCAGGAAGGAUGGCCGGCACCAGCAUUGAAGAGCCCCUUGUUUUACAAAGUAUAAAUAGAUGAUAUCUUUCAUAUAUUAAUUUCUCAUGUAAAGCUCUUUGAGCGUUAAUUUAAGAAAUUCUUCUUUAAAUUUCUCCAUUAUUUCCAGUGGGACCAGUUCAUUUUGUUAGAGCUACCUAUUAGACAUAAAGAUGGGGUCUUACUUGCUGCCAAUGAAAAAAUAUUAACCAAGGCCUUUUUCCUCUAGUGCUAAUAGAAGGAAAACUGUAUAUGAAGUCAGAUUAAUUGAGCCUGUGUCUAGAAUUGGGCCUAAAAAUAUUCAUUUUAUAAAAAUAAAAACUUACUAGAUAUUGUAUAAUUUUCACACUUUUAUUACUAUUUUAUGUCUUCAUGUGUCUUUCCUGGUUUUCUUAGUUUUAUUGUGUUUAGUAUUUUGAAAGAAUUCAAACUAAGUAUUUUAAUGAUUCCUCAUCAUUAAGAAGCAGAAGAAACUGCUACUUUCAGAAAAGUAUGGGAAAAUGAAUUUGAAAAUAAAAUUAAAGUGUUUUGGAGGAA